AUGUUGGCCAAGGUGGCUCGCUUUGUCGAAUGGAUCGGCCGUGCCGGCGUGCUUGCUAACGUCGAUGUGCGAGCCGACAGCGCAAACGGAUACGUCCUCGUUGCCAAGAAGCCGCUGCAUCGGUCCGAGCUGGCAUGCUCCAUCCCCGUCGAUGUCCUCGUUGGCUCGCACUCGGCCAGGAAGAUCCCGACACUGGCUGCCGUCUUCGAGGCCGUCUUUCCCUCGCCAGAGGGUCUCCCGAGCACCACCAUCCUGGACUACCAAGAUGACCACCUGCUGCUGAUGCUCACGCUGCUGCACGCAAAAUCCCAUCCUGUGCGGACACCCUGGCAUCCGUACGUCGACCUGCUACCGGAAGCGUUCGCCAACUCGCCUCUUCUCUUCGAUGACGACGACUUGGCUCGGCUUGACGGCUCGCCGCUCGCAGAGCUUGCCCGGGGCAUUCGGCAACAGGUCCAAGACACAUACGAUGCCGUGAUGACUCCGCUUGCGGAACAGUUCGGCGAUAGCUUCGUCACGGCCGAGCAUGCAUCCUUCCCGGCGUUCCUGUGGGCCCACAUGGUCGUCGAGUCAAGAGCAUUCAAGAUGCGUAUCGGCGCACCUGACGGCCCCGACCCCGAAGCGCUCAGCACCGUGCUGGUGCCGCUUGGCGACCUCGCCAACCACUCGAUCCAAGGCGAGCUGGAAUCCUGUGGCAUCUCGACCGAGACAGGUUGCCUGGAGAUCCGGAUUUCGAGCAAAUCUCGGUUGGCUGAGUAUCCUGCGGACUUCCCGCUGACGCUGACGUACAACAGGCUCGCCAACUGGGAGCUACUGAUGUAUUACGGUUUCUCGCUGCUGGACAACCCGCUGGAGCGCAUCGCGCUGUCGUUCACAAGCCCCAGUGAAGACGAGGACGGCGACUACCUGCUGAACAUUCGCAAGGAGCUGCUGCUGGAGCUGGGCGAAGACCUGGGUCUCGGCCUGGACCACGAGAUUGCCCUGGGUGCUGCCGGCGGGGUGCCGCAGACGCUCGUCGGCUCUCUGCGCCUGCUUUUUGCGACUCUGGACGAGCUCGAGGGAUUCGAAAUCGGCAAUCUCGCAGACAUUAUGGCCUGGCCCAUCUCGAUGCGCAACGAACGGCAGAUCCUCGAUACGCUGAAGCUCCUCCUGACCACGAUGAGGGAUGCCUACCCGUCGACGCUUGCGGAAGACACCGCACGGUUGGCCCGCACGUCCAGCGCAAGGGAGCGGUAUGUGCUCAUCUACCUGAUCGGGCAGAAGGAGAUUCUCGAGUACGGGCUCGAAUGGAUAGCGGUGCAGUCCAGCCGGCUCAACGAGGAGCGACCGGACGAGUAG